GCGCUCAGUGCUGCAGCUGGACGGCGGAGCGGCUCGUUGUGCCGGCAUGACGAGAUGCUGCUGGUGACAGCGGUGUCGGGGUAAUAAUGAACGGCUUCAGUAAGUGCUGGGAUGGAUGAGGAAGGUUUACAGUCAGCGCAGGCUGGAAUAACAGAGAGCUGUUGUGCCUCCUGGCUCCGCGAUGGUGUCACCUCUGUGCGCUUUUCCCUCUGCUACCCGGACAGGGGACACUGGCGAAGAAGUGACACACCGGCGUCGGAAUUUACACAAUUAUCAGUCUGAGAUUAGACGAGCGAGGGAGUAGAGGCGCUGUCAUGGAGAAACAGAGCAGAGUCAAAGAGGAAAUGCCGACAUCGAAGGAGGAGAAGCGCAAAGAGAAGAAGACGAAAUCUGGGAAGCUUUUUCGAAGGAAAUCGUUGAAGUCUGUGGGGAGUUUUAUGAACAGAAUCAUCAAAACUUUGGGCACUUUGACCCACUUUGGAGACGCUGACGCGCAGGACGCGGAGGACGACGAUGGAGGGUUCCGGAAUGGCGCACCUUGCACCCUCAGCGCCGGCUCGGGGGUCCUCAAAGAAGACGUGACUUGGGAUCGCGUGGUGAAGAACACUUCGAGCACGUCCUUUUCCCUGUGCACCGGCAGAGAGAAACUACUCCACCAGUACGCGGACAAGAUCCCAGGAGUCCUGGGGCUGAAGAACCACGGGAACACCUGUUUCAUGAACGCCGUGGUCCAGUGUUUGAGCAACACCGACCUGCUGGCAGAGUACCUGGGGCUGGAGCGCUACAAGCUGGACCUGAGUCACACCAGGAUAAACGGGCUGCUGAAGAGUGAUGAGACGCGGCUGGCCAAGGGAGAAGUCACGGAGCAGUUGGCAUCACUAGUCAGAGCUCUGUGGACUCUGGAGUACACCCCACAGCUGUCUGUGGACUUCAAGACCAUAGUGUCCAAGUAUGGAUCACAGUUUCGUGGGAAUUCCCAACAUGACGCCCUGGAGUUCCUCCUCUGGCUGCUGGACCGCGUCCAUGAAGACGUCAAUCUGGCCACCCACAAUAACAACAACAAGAUCAAACCUCCAGGAAAGGUCCCCGCUGGAGCUGAGGAGGUGCUGUUUCCUGACCCGUCCCAGUCCCAGCACAGCUUUGUCCAGGAACAUUUCCAGGCACAAUACAAAUCUUCCCUGACGUGCCCUCACUGUAUGAAACAGAGCAACACCUUCGACCCGUUCCUCUGCAUCUCCCUCCCCAUUCCUCUUCGCCAGACCAGGUUGUUGUGUGUGAUUCUGGUGUUCAGCACCAAAGGACAGAGGUACCUGCGGGUCGGGCUGGCUGUGCCUCUGUUUGGCUCUGUGGCCUGCCUGAGGAGGAUGGUGGCUGACGAGGGCAAAAUUUCCCCUGACCAGGUGAUCCUGACGGAGGUUUACUCCACAGGGUUCCAGCGCUCCUUCUUUGAUGAGGAGGAUCUGACCAGCAUAGCUGAGAAUGACGUCAUCUACGCCUUCCAGGCUCCACCCCUGUACAUCAGAGGAGGCUCUGCACGGAUCUCAGGGUACCAUCACAGCCUCCCAUCAUCUCCGUACUCCACCGGUCCCGAGGGUCAGAGGUUAGCUUCAUCUGGGACGCUGUCGUCAGAGUUCCUCAACCAGGGCGUCCCUGUAAAGAUUCUGCUCCUGGUGUGCAACGCUGCAGGGGCGGGCCAACAGGCUGUGAGGUUUGGACCUCCAUUCCUAAUGAGGGAGGACCGGUCUAUUUCCUGGGACCAGCUGCAGCAGAGCAUCCUCAGCAAGCUGUAUUACCUGAUGAUCAAUGGAGGUCAGGCACAGAACACCAGAGUGCUGUUCAACAUCCGUGUGGUGGGAGGAUCAGCAUUUUACAGCUACCUGUCUCCUCAGGACGGGCGGCCGCUCUACCACCCUGCUGUCGACAGAGCUCUGAAGCUCUGCUGCUCAGGAGGACCUCCGCAUGUGAAGCUCAUCAUCGAGUGGGAGCACAGAAUCAAAGACUGCCUGUUUGGUAACAUUCAGGAGGAGGUGGUGAAGGACGCAGACAGCGUGAGGAAUCAGCAGCAGCAGCACGUUCAACAGUACAGCUGCACCUUGGACGAGUGCUUCCAGCUCUACACCAAAGAGGAACAGCUUGCCCCAGAUGAUGCGUGGAAGUGCCCCCACUGUAAGCAGCUGCAGCAGGGCAUGGUGAAGAUGAGCCUGUGGACGCUGCCGGACAUCCUCAUCCUCCACCUGAAGCGCUUCAGGCAGGUGGGAGAGCGGAGGAACAAGCUCACCACGUUCGUGCAUUUCCCCCUGGCGGGCCUGGACAUGACGCCUCACAUGGUGAGCCGCAACCAUCAGCCGCCUCUGCAGCCCGGCUGGAAACAGCCCAGACGACCCGACCUGGCUCCUCCUGACUUCCUGUACGAUCUGUAUGCUGUGUGCAACCACCAUGGAGGAAUGCACGGCGGACAUUACACAGCCUUCUGUAGAAACUCCGUAGACGGCCAGUGGUACAGCUAUGAUGACAGCAGUGCUGAGCCGGUGCCAGAGGCGGAGGUGUGCACACGUGGAGCCUACAUCCUCUUCUAUCAGAGAAGAAACACCAUCCCUCCUUGGUCUGCCAGUUCCUCAGUCACAGGUUCCACCAGCUCAUCCACAUCUGACCACUGGUUGGUCCGGCUAGUGGGGGACAGUAAGAGGGGCAGCGUGGUGUCUGGAGGAACCGUCCCUGGACCUCCAGGGCCCAUACAGGCCCCAGAGUCUCCUGAGCUGCCAGUGUUUGGAGAUGAACCCUCCAAAAUAGCAGAAACAAAUGGGUUUGAAGCCAAGCCGUUUGUGCGUGGGAGCCAGGGCCGGAGUGUUAGCAUGAGAUCACCAACCAAGUCCAAGGAGACUCUGAGCAAAGUUCUUCCACUGCGGUGGUCUUUUGGCUCCAAGGACCGCAUUAGACAACCAGCCCAGGCCCAGUCUGGGGAGCUGGUGGAGUACCUGGAGUCUGGGCGGCGCCCACGAUGUACCAAAGACCCGAUCAUAACACUGGUGGCCACGCCGCCACAAAGGAGCACCCAGGGGAGAGUCUUGGAAGUAGGACAGGACUGCAGCUCCCCGAGCGGCAGCAGUCUUAGUUAUACAGACAGACCCGGCUCUGACAUCUGCUACUCCCCCAAAAUACCAGAGGGACAGAGCAGAGCCUGUGUGGAGAGGAGCAUGAGCCAGGGAGUCGCUAACAACAGCAAAGCCAGGGAGGAUGGUUCUCUGAGGCAGAGGUCAUCUAAGAGAGCCAGGCAGGACCACUGCAGGACUCUGGACCUCCAGCUUCAGCUCCAGAGAGGGGCCAUGUUAGCGGGUCAAAUCAGCCACAGUGCACCUCCGAGCAGAGAUUCCACACUGAGAAGGACCAAAGUGCAGACAGGGGGGGCCUCCAGGGCACAAAAAGACUUGUUACAGAUGGCCAUUCAGUCUGAGGACAGGAGGGGUCAGAGGGCACAGGAGGGCCGCAGCCACGAAAGCCUCUUGUCUUUUUUCAAACCUGGAUUCAUGAAGAAAGAUCUCCCCGGGUCGCCAUUCAAGGGACAGGACCGGCGUAUGAAUGGCCACGGUCAACUAGAGAAGCUGGCGUGUAGUAAUUUAGCCAAACUGUCCCUCUCCAAUGGGACGCUGACCACGGCACCACCAGAAGAGAGGAAGGUCAGCUUCGCCUCGGGCUGCGACACACAGAACUGCAAAGCACAGCUCGUCAACGGGAAGGCCGGGAUCCACGACCCCGUCGACAUCAAGCGCGCCCACAGCUCCAGUAACAUCCAGACGAGGCUAGAUUUGACAUUUCGCAGGUGUGCCUCUCUGCAGAGGAACGGAGAAAUAAUGCCCCCUCCAGCUCACCGCAUCCUGCUGUCAGACAAGCCCAGCUACGGCACGCUGCAGCGGACACGAUACAGUACCACCUCCCUGGUGCCUCUGUGAGAGCCCAGAAUGAGCGGAGAACACUCGAACCUCUCCUGAUUUCUACGCUCAGCUCCCAGCAGGAGGCGUCGCUGGAAACAAAGUCUGUCUUCUCGCUCCCCUUCAUAGUACUGUUAUAAGUUCUUACCUGUGUGUGUCUUAAACUAAAUCUAUGCAGAGUUGAAUUCACGGAGGAGAAAUACUGCUGUAAUGUGAUUUUCUUUUUCCCUAUUUGUUUUACGAAGCAGUCUGCUGUUUUAUUUUGGAGUUUCUGAUCAAGAUUUGAAAAGAAAAGGGUGAUUUGGUGAAUUUGCACGUUUUUAGUCCAUUAUACAUUCAUAAAACCAUCGUCUUUUACACGGGCUAAAACGUGUUAAUUGGUUAAACACUGCAAAAAGUACUAACACCUGCACUGUAAAUUGGCUGCUAUAAUAACACAGAAUUUGCUUUGACAUUUACGAUGAUUUUCACAUUAUAUUUCUGAUGCACUUUUCUUUUCUAAUCCAUAUUUUGCUACAUGUCCAGAGCUGACAUGCUGAGUGACAUUGAAAAUGUAUGAUCAAUUACACUGCACAGAAAGUGGCAAAAAGCUUUUUUUCUGUUUCAGAUAUUUAUUGAUAAAACAAUUAAUCUCCAACUUGCAGCCGACAUAUUUCUGCUCAGUGGGAGAGCUUUAUCAGGGCGAUCUCCUCACUGAUAAAAGUUAACUCUGCCUUUGCUUUUUGUUCAGGUUUGUUCUUUGGAUGGAUGAAAAUAAUUAUGGCUCAUCUUAAAACUGCAGGUGGAAUUAAAACAAAUAUCACUGCCCCAGGUGCUAACAGAGCAAUAAAAGCUGGAUUUAGUGUUUCCACUUUGGCUGAGCCAGGAUGUGAAUUUCUGUCUCUUCCACUGAAGCCGGAUUUUAAUUUCUGCUUUCUACUGAUAAAAAGCCAAUGUUAACAGGAGCAGGUACAAAGGCAAAGCUCUGUUUUCUCAUUUGGGACUGAACAGAGGAUUCACAGUGUGCACCAACACACAAACAAUUAUUAUUUCUCUGCAGCUUCAGGGAUGUAAUGAGCCCGCACGGUAAUCAUGCUUUGUCACCUCCACACAAACUAUAAUAAAGUAGCCACCAGAAAUUGUCAGCUACAGACGCAUAAUGCAUUCAUUAAAAAUAAAAAAAAAUGCCCAGUUUUCAUGGAAACAGGCUGUUCUUGGGUUUCUAAAUUGAUGAGAUAAUUUUCCUCAUGAAGUUAAAAAAUGUCAAAUAAUUAUGUCGUUGAUUCAGAAAAACAGAGCAGAUUGUUUAUCCAAACUUCUCUUAGAAUUCGGAGGUUAUUUAAAAAAAUACAAUCUUUUUUUCUAAUUAAACCUUUUGAAAAGAAGGAGUAGAUUUAUUUUCUUUGAUUAAAACUUUGGGUAAGAGAGUGCAGAUUUAUUUUUAACAUAAAACUUUUUCUUAUAAUUGUGAUACUUUUCCGGUUAUUUCAGGACAGAUCAGAUUUUUUUUGUCCAUGGCUCUUUUCUGUACGACAGUGUAUUAGGGCCAAGUAUGAAAUACGCACCCCGGGGAGGAGGGUAAUAUUUUGAGAAAAAAGUUGCAGAUUUAUAAGAUUUAAAGUGGCAAAUCUGUGAGAAAAAAGUUGCAGAUUUAUAAGAUUUAAAAGUGGCAAAUUUGCGAGAAAAUGCGCAAAUUCACAAGAUUUAAAGUGGCAAAUCUGCAAGAAAAAAGUUGCAGAUUUACAAGAUUAAAAGUGACAAAUUUGCGAGAAAAAAGUUGCAGAUUUAUGAGACUUAACAUCGCAAAUCUGUGAGAAAAAAAUUGCAGAUUUAUAAGAUUUAAAAGUGGAAAUCUGCAAAAAAAAAAGUCGCAGAUUCAUGAGAUAAUAGUAGUAAAUCUGCAAGAAAAAAGUUGCAGAUUAUAGAGACUUAAAAUCGCAAAUCUACGAGAAAAAAGUUGCAGAUUUAUAA